GUCAUGUAUUGACGGCGUUCGUUACUCUCUGAUCCACCGUUCCAAAUAUUUUCAACUCGAUCAAGAUUCAUCAGCCGGCUUCGAGGUUCGAGUAGUCCGAGAUGUCUCGGACGUUUUCGGUGUUCAUGGUGGCCGAGAAGCCCUCGUUAGCUCAGUCACUGGCCAACAUCCUUUCGAACGAUAAUUGUAAAUCUCGGAAAGCGAUGAAUGGCGCGUGUUCCGUGCACGAAUGGAAUGGAAACUUUCAGAAGUCUUCAGCUCGCUUCAAAAUGACUUCUGUCUGUGGCCACGUGAUGACAGCCGACUUCACUGGCAAAUACAACAAUUGGGAUAGAGUUGAUCCAGCAGAGCUGUUCCUCGCUCCUAUAGAGAAGAAAGAAGCGAUUCCCAAGCUGCACAUGCCGAAAAUGCUCUCGAUAGAGGCCGAAGGCAGUGAUGCGGUCGUCUUGUGGCUCGAUUGCGACAAAGAAGGUGAAAACAUAUGUUUCGAAGUCAUCAACGCCAUCCGGCACUCAAUUAAGAAAAACGCUCAAAUCCUCCGGGCCAAGUUCAGUUCGAUCACCGAGAAAGACAUCAAAGCCGCCAUGAACUGUCUUGUGUCUCCGAACGAGAACGAGGCACUCUCUGUGGAUGCGAGACAGGCUCUCGAUCUGAGAAUAGGCUGUGCAUUCACCAGAUUCCAAACCAAAUACUUUCAAAACAAGUACGGCAACCUCGACUCAUCCUUGAUCUCUUUCGGUCCGUGCCAGACGCCCACACUGGGGUUCUGUGUCGAGAGACAUGACAAGAUCCAAUCGUUCAAACCCGAAAACUACUGGGUGCUCAACGCCCAGAUUAAACUGCCCAACAACAACAUCGUGACCCCCGAAUGGGAUAAGGGGAGCAUCUUUGAUCAGGAGGUAGCGUCGGUAUGCUUGGCAAUGGCGAAAGGAGCCAAUCAUGCCCGAGUGCUCUCGAUACAGGACAAGGAAAUGUCAAAAUCCCGACCUCUGGCCCUCAAUACGGUGGAGCUCAUGAGGGCCGCCAGCGCGGGUUUGGGUAUGGGACCUCAGCAUGCGAUGCAGAUCGCAGAGAAGCUUUACACUCAGGGUUUCAUCUCGUAUCCCCGGACCGAAACCACGAGCUAUUCUGAAAACAUGGAUCUCAGAGGCACCGUGCAAAUGCUCAAGAACAUCCCCGAGGCGUCGAACUUCGCCAAUAAACUCCUCGCCAAUGGCUUGAAGCCGAAGAAGGGCACGGACGUCGGUGAUCAUCCGCCAAUCACUCCAACCAAAGCAGCGAGUAGAGCCCAACUGGACGGGGACAGUUGGCGUUUAUACGAAUACAUUGUUGCUCAUUUCUUAGGGUCACUCGGUGGAGACCUGAAAUAUCGCCAAAUGCAAGUGGCUCUGCUCAUCGGUAAUGAACCCUUCACACUAACUACCAGGAAAACCAUCGAUCCCGGUUUCACUGCGAUCAUGACUUGGCGAGCCGUGAGUUCCAACAGCGAAUCUCUGAACCUCACGGUCGGAACUCAGCUCGAAGUGGUUUCGAUGAAGCUCGACGAACGUCAAACGUCUCCACCAGAUUACCUCACCGAAUCGGAACUAAUCGCCCUGAUGGACAAGCACGGAAUCGGUACCGACGCCAGUAUUCCAGUUCAUAUCAACAAUAUUUGCCAGCGGAAUUACGUCACGGUGGAGAACGGCCGCCGACUCAAACCCACAAACUUAGGAAUUGUUCUAAUUCAUGGCUAUCAAGCCAUAGACAAAGAUUUGUGUCUGCCAUGGAUGAGGGCAGCCGUCGAAAAACAGCUGAACCUGAUAGCGACAGGGAACGCGAAUUACGACGCAGUCCUCAAGCACACACUGACCGUUUUCCAGUUGAAAUUCCAUUAUUUCGUUGCGACGGUCGCAGCCAUGGACGGUCUUUUCGAAUGCACAUUCAGCUCUCUGUCGGAUUCCGGGAAACCGAUGUCCCGAUGCGGGAAAUGCAGGCGCUACAUGAAAAUCGUCAACAGCAAACCCACGAGACUACACUGCCCUAAUUGCGACGAGACCCUGUCCCUGCCUCAGAACGGUGGCGUGCGAAUGUUCAGAGAAAUCAAGUGUCCCCUCGACGAGUACGAGCUGCUCCAAUGGUACGGGGGCUCCGAAUGCAAAUCCUUCAUUUUCUGUCCCUACUGCUACAACCACCCUCCGUUCAAAGACAUGAAGAAAGGAUCGGGCUGUAACGCGUGCGACCAUCCCACCUGUCUGUACAGCAAAACGACGAACGGUAUUUGUAAUUGUCCUGAGUGCGACGGUGUGCUGGUCCUGGAUCCGGCCUCGGGACCGAAGUGGAAAAUAGCUUGCCAUCGCUGUGACGUCAUGGUGAGCUGUUUCGAACACGCCUCCAGGGUGACGGUGGAAGAAGAAAAGUGUGAAAGCUGUGAUUCACAAGUAGUAACAGUAGAGUAUAAAAGUUUGGAACGUACGAAGCUGAGCAACGCUCUCCAGGAGCAGACGGGCUGCGUAUUUUGUGACCCGUUGCUCACUCCACUGGUCGAGAAGAAAAUCGCUCUGAAACCAAGAAUCAUUCGCAAUCGACCCGCGCGACCAGCUGGAGCGAAGGGCAAGCCCAAGAAGAAGCCGAAGCCAAAGGAUAAAAUGGCUCAGUUGGCGGCGUACUUUGUUUAGCCGUACCCACCAUUCCUUGAUUCGUUCCAAUCACCUAAACGAACGUCAUGGCAUUCCCAUCGGCGAGCUGAGGUCUGCGGAGCGGCUGGCGCCAAUACUCACUACGCCAAUCUGUCUGAUCAAGAGGGUUAGAAAGCUGUCCACCGAUCCAACCGGCGUAUAUGCAUGGGGAUUAUUUCCAAGAUUUCUCGAAGCGCUGGCUUUCCAUUGGAAUGGCUACCAUGAGGAUGCUCCGACUGGGUAAUUGUGAAAGGUCGUCGGAUGGCUCUCCGAGGAGACGGAGGCAUUUCAUCCGGAGACGAACGCUCUCGUUCCGACACAAGCCCAGCGGACGAACGCAAGGGAAAACACAUUUAAAUCCAAAGUAAGCGAUACAGCAAGACAUUUGUGAUCUGCGGAUCAUGGUGAACCCUGUGAGCAGAACAAUCUAGUGAUUUGCUUUACUGAAGGGAGAGUUCAAUAAAGGAAGGUCGUGGAGAAUUA